AUGGAGAAUGGAACCAUGCCUUCAUAUUUUUACUUUACUUUGUUCAAGGAAUUUGUUCACUUUAAAUAUUUGAUCCUAAUAGUGGCUCUUUUGUUUUAUUUAGCAAUUAUAUUGUUUAAUGUUGUCAUUUUGUUUGUGGUGUUUAAAGAAAGAUCUCUUCAUGAGCCAAUGUACAUAUUAAUAUCAUGUUUGUCUGUCAAUGACCUCUACGGCUCUUCUGGUUUCUUUCCUAGGAUAAUAGCUGAUGUUCUUUCUGAUACAAAUGCUAUUUCCAGGUUUGCUUGCUUUGUUCAAAUUUUUAUCAUUUAUACUUAUGCAAUAUCUGAAUACACAGUUUUAACACUGAUGGCAUAUGACAGAUAUGUUGCCAUAUGUCAUCCUUUAAAAUAUCACAAAAUUAUGACUUCAAAAUUUACAACACUUUACAUGGGAAUAGCAUCACUUUAUGCAGUGUUUUCUAUGGGCUCAAUUAUUUUCUUGUCAGCUAGGUUGCCUCUGUGUGGAAAAGACAUAGCAAGACUGUACUGCUCCAACUGGUCUGUGGUUCGACUCUCUUGCGGGGUUUCAACUUUGGGCAACAACAUUAUUGGAUUUUUUAUGUCAACAACAACACUUUUUCUGCCUGCCUUUUUCAUUUUAUACACAUAUGUUCGAAUUCUUAUCAUCUGUCAAAAAAGCUCAUUAGAAUUCAGGGGCAAAGCAUUGCAGACUUGUCUUCCUCACAUUAUAAGCUUUGUUAACUACUCUGUUGCAGCCUUUAGUGAUAUUGCGUUAAGCCGAUUUGAUUCAGACAAGUACAAGGUUGCUGCCAUAAUCUUUUCAGUGGAAUUCCUGGUAGUUCCACCUCUUGUCAAUCCUCUUAUUUAUGGCUUAAACCUGCCAGAAAUACGCAAAAAUAUCUGGCGUUUGAUUCAGUGGAAACCAAAAAUUGCCAAUUUUCCUGAUUAA